GUUUUUUGUGCUACAAGUGACACUCUACGGGUGCGUUCCUUUGAGAUGAUCCGGAUCAGGAUCAGUGAUUCGAGAUCACUCGGAUCAUGUAGAUCAAAUGAACCGAUGAAUCCACUCUGGACAAGGAUUCAUCGGAUCAUUUGAUCUACCAUGAUCGAGUAAUCUCGGAUCAGUGAUCCUGAUCCAGAUUAUCCCAAAGGAACGCACCCUGAGAAAAUUCGAAAAUAUGUAAUUUGAUUUACUUGCGUGCGCCAGCAUAAGCCUUGACUGGCUCCGAACUCAGAGUAGAAUCUUUCUUGGCCUUUGAUGUCUUUCUGACAGCAUUCGGUAAUUCUAACACACCGAUUGCUAGCUAAAAUUGCACGUUCCGCAUGAACAGAGUCAUUAUAAACGGCAGAUAAAAUAAAAGAAGUGCACAGCGCCCGUCGAGCAAGAAGGGUGCAUCAGUUGGUAAAUUUUAGGCCAACAGUUUGGUUCUUGACUUUUUUAUGAAAACAGGGGAAAAAAACAUUCUUUUCAUUUUUAAUGCUGUUUAAAAAAGAAGCAGUCCUAAGCUUUUUUUUAUUUCAUAAAUGUUUUAGCGCACAGCAUGGAAGAAUAUCUUCCCUCCUUCGCAAAUGCGCGGGAAAGAAUUACGUGACGUGACAUGUUUUGCAUGACUGCACUAAAAACUGGAUUGCCUGUGGCAAUUUGACAGUUGUUUUCGUUUUGCCGUGGCGGCAAGUGAAAUUGUAACAGUUAUACGUGCAAAUUAUUCGUCAUUCAUUUCCUUCUUGAAGUCUUUCCAACGAAUCUUCUGGGAAGUUUUAAGGACUCUUAAACUAACACAGUCUCAGGUGGGUACCGUAUCGUCGGAUCAAAAAUUGUUAAAGCGUUGAUUCGCAAAAAUCGUAAACUGCAUAAAAUUCAGGAAACGGAACAGAUUUAAUACUCCUAACUUUUGUUGUAGUUUUUACCACGAUGUGGACUUUUUGAAACUUAACACUUUAACUCAGCUCUAUUUUAAAAAGACCUAUACACAUUUCGGACCAAUAUUGUUUCGAGACGUUAGAGAAUAACUGAACGUCUGGCGCCUACCGUAAUUGGCAUUUGACUAUGCCUGGGUCAAGAGGUCACGUUUUCCGCCCGUUUUUUGCGUAACAUUUGCACUUACUUCGCGUUCGUUAUUUCAUUUACCCAAAAAUUCUAUUUCGCUUAUUUGAAGAAAAAAGGAUGCUCUUUCAGACUAAACGAGCCUUGGUGGUGAAGCCCAUGUACCAAAACGCUUUUUUAGCUCGUGAAAAAGUGCUAAAUUUUGACCGCUGAUAAAGCGAUUUUGAGACAACAAUUUUGAAAAUUUCUUAAAAUAUCUAGCUCUUGUUGACCAAAUCGCGAACUAAUAAGUUAAAAUUAUUGAGGCAAGACAGUAAAUUGUAGAGCCGGAAAGGCAGUAAAAAUAUGAAGUUUCAAAUCUAGCCCACUAUAUUUUAAAAUAUACGGGCCACUGAAUAUGACUCUAGUUUCGCAUGAUUUUUGCCUUAUUCAUUCGAUCGUACUUAAGCCAUGGAUUUUGUAACUAAGGCCCACAGGGAUUUAUUCUGGCUGAGUUUGAGGCCAGGCCAUUUUUUGACUAUUUCCACGUCUGGUUGAUGAUUACGCGGGGCCGCUGUUAAUACGGACACCCCAUUAAUACGGAAAAUGUUUGUGAUCCCUUUAGUGAGUUUCUGUAUUUACGGGAUUCUACCGAAUUUAUGUUCCAGGUGUUGUUGAGAGAGGGGAUGGCAGAUGCUAAUGCAACUGAUAAUGAAAAUUCUACUCCACUUCACGCAGCAUCGCAAGAGGGAAAAUUGAAUGUAGUAAGGAUUUUGGUAGGUUUGAAAAAGAAUUUAAAAGAUGCAGCUUUCGAAAACAUUAUUUGACACCCUAAAGUCCCGGGAGUGUUCUCUGAAAUUGUCUAUACGACAAUAAUUAUAAAUUAUGUACCAAGGCCAGUCAAAACGUAGGGGUCCUAAUGCGGUUACGUGGUAAUGCGAAACUAUCAAUAUAUGGGUCAUGAAUUCUACCCCGUCCAACAUUCUGUUGCUUAGUCUGGCACGUUUGUAACAUGAUCAUCUCAUCGAAGAAAGCUUGACGGGAUACAAAUCCUGACCCUAUUUUUCAGACCAAAAAGUUUGUAAUUUUUCACACUCCUUUUCAGACCAAGCCUCUAAAAUCCAUACCCAUUUUAACACCUGUCCUCAAGCAAAUUAUGCCAUCAUUACUUAGAUUAGAACACCAACAAAAAAGAUUUCUUAAAAUUCACUUCGAAUUUUGCAUAUUUCUGUUUCUUUCUUAUUCAUUUAAAAUUAAAACGAUAAAUACGUUCAUACACCCCUGUAGUUCCUCAAAAACUAUAACCGAUUCCAGACCAAAAUGAGCCGAAACGGCGCAAAAACCAUGCCCUUUGGGGCGGCACAUACCUAUAUGGCUAAUGUAAGGGACUAACCCCACAUCUCUAAAUUACUCAAUGCAAAGAGCACACAGUAUAACUAAGGACAAUGAUUUCGAACCACUAAGUUCGAAACAGUUCGUUAUGGUAGACACUAUAAACUACUUGGAACCUCUCAUCAAAUGAGGGGCCUUAAGCAAGCGAGUAUAAAUUCCUACUUUUUUACACGUUUCUGCGAAGUGGAAAAGCUAGUCACCCGCUUUUGUGCCUUGGUUGUUUGGCUUCUCGAGAGUCUUGCUCGCUUCGAAGGUCUGUUGUCACUGGUGAGGGUGCUCGCCCCAAUAAUGGUAGCCUGCGAGCCAGCUCUCCUAUUUGGGCAAGUGAAGCGAGCCUCGCUUGGGUUAGUCGUUGCUUAGCCGCUUGCUCGCGCGUUCUCGCGAGACUCGUUUCACUCGCCCAAAUAAAAGAGCUUGCUCGCAGGCUACAAUACUGGUGGCAAGCCUGUCCUAAUGCUUUCAUCAAAUGAGGACUAAGAUGUCUUCGGUGUAAUGAACAGGUCCUCGUUCUCCGAUUCGACGGCCUCCUGGCUGGUAGGGGGAGUAAACAUUGGCUGGUGCGUGUCCUCAGUCUUUGGCGUAUUACCAUCGUCGUUUGAAGCCGUUGGUCUGGACAUGCUUUGGUUGCUACCUUCGACGAUAACCGGGUUAAGGUGAGUACACAUCUCGCACGGAACUCACGUACUUGGGAUCUACUAAUCCACGUUUCACGCAGAUUUCCUUCUUUUUUUCCAAGACCAUCUGCAGGCGAAGGGUGCCUUGUUUUUCGUGAAAUGCCCUGAGUUUCUCACAGUCAAUUUCCAAAAGACUCGUCAUGCGUGCACUCAUGUCGAGGUCUGUGCCUCUCACUGAACGGAUAUCGUUCCCGGCAUAUUGUUCUUUUCUUUUUCUAUUUCUAACAGCCACGGAUUACAGAAUGCUUUAGUUACUUUCUCCUGUUCAUGACUCUUUGCCUUUGCAUUUCGAGGCGUUCUACCCUAUCUUUCAAGGCCUGUUGUUAUCUGCAGGCGAGGUCGGUUGGCAGUGGCUCGCCAGGAUCCGUAAUCAGUCGAUCUGCUUGAGAUUUGCUGGUCACCCCUAAAUUUGCUAGAUAUCUUCGACGUCCGGCGAUUCGACGAUCUCGGAUGGCUUUGUGCUGUGUUUGAGCUUCUCGCAGGAGCAUGCUGAGCUGUCUAUGUCGAAACCCACGCGGCACCGCCUUUUCGAGCUCAUAGCGAAGCUUGUCUAUGUGGUUGUUAUCUUCAUCUUCAUCGGAGCUAUCGCUUUCGGUCUCACUCUCCCCUUCAUUCGUGAGUGAGAUUUGAACGCCUUUCGUGCUGCACUCGGGCGCGUGGUCGUCCAUUGGAGAAAAGGACAAAAUUUGCCGAAUAUCUUCACUUUCUAAACCGUCCCCACACUCUCCUAAAGUCCUUUCAGUCUGUGCGGUAGUGGAGUUUGUAGCAACUAUCUUUUGAACCCAUACGAUGCAAUCCAUUGCAUUCUCUCGCAGCCACUGGUUGGCCUCCGGGUUAACUUGCAGCAAGCUUCUAAAGAAGUACUUGUGAAGCCUUCGAUUCAUCGCGUCAUUGUGUACCUCGCCAAAGUCCAUCUCCUGUUGACAUGUAAUGUACACACUUGCAAGGCAGUGGAACCCCUUCGCUUUUUUCCAUUUUACAUCGUGGGAUGUAAAACCGCCUUGACAAAUUAUCUUCGAGUCAUCUACGUCGAGCAGGUUGGUGUAGUACCUCGUCGAGGGAGAUAACUUCUGUGGAAUUGUCAAUCAUCGACUUGUUAAAGCUCCUCUGUUUGGUCACGCGAGCGAUUCGGCUUAACGGCAAAAUCUGAAACACUGGGCUGAACAGCCUCGUUUUGCCGCUGUCAGAAGCUCCGAUGGCACGUGACACAGGUCGCUUAUGUUCUUUAUCUCUGAAUGGCGCGAGGAAAUCAGCGCAAAACUCCUGUAUUUGCUUUUCAGGUAGACUAUUGGUUAGAAUUUGCUCGAAGUAUUUAGGAUUGGCCUGUUGGAAGCUGUCAUAGUGGACGUACGCUCCUGGUGACCUGAUACCUCGCUGCAGAAAACAGAACAAAAAGAACUGUUAAAACAUAAAGCAUGUAAUAAAUUGCUAAAAGAAGAAGUAGAAACCUUUACCCGCCGACAAACGAAGAAAAGACAAAGAAAAGAAAAUGGUCUGAUUGGUCUUAAAGGAUCUUGAAAAAUGUAGAGUUAAAUGAAUAACUAGAAGUAGUUCUGGAUUAGGUAACUCGAAACUGAAUAGCACUUUAUUUGGCAUAUUCUUUGGUUAAUUGUGUUGUAAAGUUAAAGAAAAACGACAUUUCUAUUGAAUAAAUACAUUGUUACUUUAGCCGCCAGAUAAAUUGUAGAAAAGGAAAUUGUGAUAACGGAAUUAAAAUAACCUUUACGGAUGAAAACUUAUGCUCUCACCUCCGAUUCUGGGAUCACUCCUUGUACAAAAGCUCCUACAGAGAAAGACCAAAACCAUCCAUUCUGCAAUUCAACCAGGUUUCGAUCUAUGUUAAUUUGGCCAAUCAGGGAUCUUUCUGGCUCUCUCAGGAAGUGUUAGAACUCGUUGAAAAUGUUGGACAAGCCUGUCUUUGAAGCACUCGUUCCCCAUAAGAUUUAACAGAAAUGACUUUAUGGAGCAAAAGAACGUGAAAGUAAACUGUGAUUCCGCGACUUGUAUGUCAUUACAGAGAACUGUUAGUUGGCAAGACAGUGGCUUGUGUGGUGUACAUGGUAUUUCUACGCCCGGAGUGCUGCUUUCGUUUCCGUGGACAAACCAGCGCGCAGCAAUUCUCGGACAGAUGUAGUCAUCAUCGGUUUGAAUUCUUCCCUAAGCACUUGCACACGAUCCACAUUUUCUGUUGACAACAUUUCUUGAGACUGUUCGUCAUCACUAAUAUCUAUUUCGUCUUGAAGGGCGCUAUCAAUAAAGAAUAAUAAUAAUAAUAAAAAACAGACAAUUUUACUAUCUCAGGAUAAAUGUUUGACUAGCGCAUCAAAGUUUGAAUUAAUGCUUUUUUUCGUGUUGAAAAUCCCAGAUGGUUUAAAUGGCACAUAAUUAGCCACUUGCACCCUUGCAUAUUGUUAUUUUUCAAAAUAACUUAUUUGAGUCAAGACAGUUAAUUAUAGAUAUUACUUGACUACGAGAAGAUGACAACAAUAAAGAAGGUUGGACUCAUAGGUGUUGAUUUCUUUGGUUAACUAUAGCCUUUACCGUAACAGUUUUGCAUUUAGUAUACUAACAUGAGACAGUGCUGAUAAGAAGCCUCCACAAAAUUCAUCAGACAAGGAUUCUUGUGAUCUUUUAAAACUUGGCAGAGUUGAUUAAGGAGAAUUUUUGUCGUCGAUAGAACUCGAGGCCGCAUUUCCCAAGAGCACGUUGAAUUUUCAUCGGAUUCACAGCAGAACCAUUUUGAGUUUGGCAAGCCACCCAAUACGAAAUUGCUGGAAAAACUUGCUUCCCAGGCGUUGAAAUUUGCGAAGGAUUUAUGGCAGAUUCUUCGUUCGACUCGUCCGUUUCUGGUGCCUCAUCCGAUGUUCUUGAUUUUUUCUUUUUGCUGUCAACCCUUGAGGUGCUUAUUGCCGAUAAGAAAAAGUAACCCACGAUCAGUUUUGGCAAUUCCAAAACACAUUCAUCUCGCUUUUCGCAGAUCCAAUUCCAGGCUUGUUGAAUUUCUUCAUCGCUUACUCUCCAAACACACUUAAAUGCCACAAAAAAACACGUUUUCUCAAUUGCUGCUACUAUGUGACACUCCACCUUAUCCCUUAUAACUUUGCUGUUUAGCUGCGAACAAGGCUUGCUUAUCUUGACCGGCCACCGAAGUCGAGUGAAAAGCGAUUUUUCAAGGCUUCUUAGCCAUUUUAUAUCUAGCACAAUACUUCCGGGAAUAGAAAUAAUAGGCUGGAUUAGCUGACUGAAAGUGCGAGCAUUAAUUAACUUCAAUCUGAUUAAAUUAUUCUGUCCAAAUAUAUCCUGGCAUAAUUGUUUUACACUCAGAUUAUGAAUUGUCUAGCAAGGCACAAAAACCUUUCUUUAUUCUAGAACAGAGCAGUAGGUGCUAUAAUAUAAAUUACCGAGCUAAAAAUCGUGUUGUAAUGUUUUGUUGUGAUUUGCAAUCGAUCGUGCACUUCAUCAAAACGCGUCCUACUUCAACACGCAUAGGUCGCAGGUUGAAGGAAAAUUUUCCUGAAACUUUUAAAUCUCAGGAGGAAAGAAAUAAAAAUGUUAUUCACCGGGCUAGGUCGGUCUUUAUUAGGAGAAACUGUGCCGUCGGUCUGAGUACCGCCCUUGCCUUAUGGCCUCGGGAAGUACUCAAGACCUCGGGCACAGUUUCUCCCAAUACGGACCUUUCAGCCGGUGAAUAACAUAUAUAUUUUAUUUAUUAUUAUUAUUUUCAUUUAUUUUUAGAUUUUUAGACUUUUAGAUCCUUGUUGUUGGUAUUCAGACCAUAUCCGUUGUUUACGCUUAAAUCGCUUUUCACUAUAACAUCAGUAAGCAACUUCUUUACCUAUCUCUUUAGUAUUCAGGCUAUUCCCGUGUUUUUCGCUUAUCCUGUAAUACACUCUAGGAUCGAAAAAGUCUUCAGUAACCCAUGCUUUCCACUUUUCCGAUGUAAACAAUGCCACAAAUAGAACUAUUAGUCUAGUAUUAGUAUUAGUAUUAGUAUCAGUAUUAGUAUUAGUAUUAGUAUUAGUAGUAGUAGUAGUAGCAGUAGUAGUAGUAGUAGUAGUAGUAGUAGUAGUAGUAGUAGUAGUAGUAGUAGUAGUAGUAGUAGUAGUAGUAGUAGUAGUAGUAGUAGUAGUAGUAGUAGUAGUAGUAGUAGGAGGAGGAGGAGGAGGAGUAGUAGUAGUAGUAGUAGUAGUAGUAGUAGUAGUAGUAGUAGUAGUAGUAGUAGUAGUAGUAGUAGUAGUAGUAGGAGUAGUAGAAGUUGUUGUUGUUGUUGUCGUUGUUGUUGCUGCUUUUAAUUUGUAGCAAAAUCAUUGGAAAAUGAGAGAAAUUGGUUGUGGAUUGGGAAUUUCUCUCGUUAGACCAAGUGACUAGCGCGUUUAACGUGAACUAUAACUAACUACUAACUACUAACUACUAACGUAACUAACAACUAACUAACGUGUUUGCUUUUCAUAGGCUUCUUUUACUUUAAGGACGGAAAGAGAAAAGGGAACUAAAAUUUUGGGGAAUGAUUAGCAUCAUCAUCCUAUCAUCAUCAUCAUCAUCAUCAUUAUCAUAAUUAUUACAUAACCAUUUUCAUCAUCCUCCUCAUCAUCACCAUUAGCAUCAUCAUCAUCAACGCAUCAUCAUCGUCAUCAGCGUUAUUACAACUGUUUGGAACUCGAAUAUUUUGAAUAAGAGGUAGAGUACAUGCCAGAUUCGAGGUGAUACUUUUGUUGUUUUAUUUCACAAUCCUCAAAAACGUUCCCGCGUAAAAGAGGGCUAGAAUUUUAUUGUGCAAAAAUUUACUUCAUAGUCGAAACUAUAUAAUGAAUGCACUGAUUGUGGCACAGUGUCUGUGUUUUGUUUUCUAAAAUGAAUUUAUAACUUCUUGAACUUUCUAAAAAUCGAGAACAUAAAUUCCCAGUAAGCACUGUACCGUCUUGUAUACGAAUCGCAAAAUAAAAAUUGUUCCCGCAAAAUGCUAUCGAAGCAAUCGCCCGUCCACAGGAAAUGAGUGCCAGUCAGUGUACCAGAGGUGAAAAAGCUGGUAUUCAGUGUUUGCAUGAAUACCCAGUUUUCCACUUUCCACUUCAACUGCAUGACUAAAUAACCUUCUGAACAAGGCUAGAAUUGACACCUGUGAUUUGCAUAUCAGACUUUUCCCUGAACAGCUGUCCAGAAAACUAAAUACAGCAGCUUAGUUCAAAUGUUGGGAAAUGAGAAAAAGCCCCUUUUCUGGUCAGGGAAACGGAUAUUGAGACGAUAUUCGGCAAUCAAUUAGAAACUUUAACAACCCCCCGGGCAUUUGACCAUCACUUUUGACAGAGGAGAGGGGCAUUUGAGGAUUGCCUGAGUGGGGUGGGGUAUUUGAACCGGAAAUGUCAAGUUUAACUUCUGUGGACGAUCCGGGUCAACGAUAAGUGCGAUCUUUCUCGUAGUGAGAUGGAGGAGUGUAAAAGUAAAAAAAAAAAAACUUUUUUAGACGAAUGGCUUGUUCGGCAAAGACUUAAAAAGCUACAUCACUACAUGAUGCAUUUUUGAAGGUAUGAUGUGAAUGAUGUAUCAAAACGAGGUCGAGUGUUAAAUUUUUGCAGUUCAAUUUCCGAUCAACAUCAUGUGAAGUCCGGAAAAUUCGGCAUUUAAGUCUUAUUUUUCGAAUUCACAAUCUGCAAACAUUUCGUCUUUGAGAGGGACAUUUAACCACGUAAUUCUUUUGUUAUGGGGAAUUUGAAUAGGCCUGUAUUAAAAAGUUCAAAUGCACCGGGGUUGGAAGUUUCGAAUUGAUCGGCGAAUUAAUACCUCGACUCUUGAAACAGAGAGAGUGUAUGUUAUUUUCAUGUUGUUAUCAAACCGCCACCAAUUUCUUGCACUCUGUACAGAAUGCAAGAAAUUUUAUUUGGCCAUCCAAAAUUGUUGGUUCGUUUGUACAAUUUUUAUUCACUCGUUGUGAAUAAAAAUCGUACGCACCCACCAACCAUGAAGUAAUCUCUAUUUCUCCUAUUUUUGUUUAAGUUGAAUCAUGGCGCAGAUCCGAGGAUGAGUGACAAUGAUGGAUACACAGCAGUACAUUUAGCUGCUAAAGAAGGACACGGUGACGUGUUAGAAAUCUUAUUAUCAACAGGUCAGCAAGCCGCUGGGUUGGACUAAACUAGCUUUAAGGGGUUGGCUGGACUUUACGCGAAAUUUAGUUGUUUAAUCUUGUUGCGCAUGCUUAUUUUAUCAAUGAUUUAAAAAGUUUAUCUCUGUAUGAACUUUUAUUUUGAUAUUUAGCCAGAAAAGUUGGUGUUUCAUUGGCCACCAUUUUGAAUAAGAUGGAUCACGACGCUAAUUCGUGUCUUCAUUUGGCUGUUCAAUAUCGCCACAUUAAGGUAGGUGCACUGAUAAAAAGCUGUACUAUACCAGCGCUGGAAAAUUAUUUGAAGCGCGUGACAAAUAAUACAUCCGCAAUGAAAAUACACCUAAUACUUAAAAUAAAUAAUCCGAAAUUCAAAAUUUAGAGCAAUCUGAAAAUCUAGAAUAAGAAAAGAAUAAAACAAGUUCUGGGAUGGUAGUUAUGAUAUUCAUACAAAUUUUGGGUGUAUUGCAAUACCAAAAAGAUGAAACAAUAUCUCAGCUCUGUUCAAGAGCCAUGAUUUUGCGUUGCUAAAAAGUUAAGUAUUCUACUUGUUCAAUUUCUUAUCACAUGAUCAUGAUGAUAUAUUUUGUUAGAAGAUAAUUUAGCGCAUAUCAAUACCAACUGUAAUUCCGAAGGUACUUAGGCAUUCAACUAAAAUCCGUUUAAGAACGUUGCCUCCAUUUCUAACAUGAUCGCCUGCGUUGCUCGCCGUAUCCGACGGACGGGUACCUAACUAUUAACUUAUUUCUGCAGAUCAUAGCAUCAACUAAUAGAUAAUUCACAAAUAAGAUUAAAAGACAACCACGCGCUUUUCGAAAUACUACGCUUUAACUGUUUGAAAAUUAUAGUUCACUGAUAGAUUUAUGCAUCUUUACUUAACAACAACGACAACGAGCCUUAUUUACGUUUCGCUUUUAAAUAAUUAUAGUUACUUAAGGUAGUGUUAGUCUAACGGUCAGUUACAUACGAUAUAAUAUUUGUAAAACUAAAAACACAUUACAAGUAAGGAAAUGCCUAGCACACAUACACACAUAAACUGCAGUAUAAUAGAGUAUAAUAGCUAUGUAAAAAAAAUGUUGUAUGCGAUUAUUAACUCUGAAAAUUGAAGUCUUUUACAUGUUUAAGUUCAAUAGGUAAGGUCUGCCACAAUUUAACAGCCAUAGCCGAUGUAGUUCGUUUGCCGUAAAAUGUCCUUUAUAGCGGAGCUCCACGCGCGGCACUUCGCGCCGCGCGUGGGCGGAGCCCCAUAGAUAAGGAAAUAUGGUAAUCUACCCAUCCGAGAAAAUUUGGUAAUCACGUGACCGUCCACCGACCGACCGACCGUCCGUCCACACCACAGGCAUACCAAUGUAAAAUAACUCAAUCAACAGAUAUGGCAACCAAAAUGCAACUCAAGGUUUUAUUUGGAAGGAAAUCACAUGGCCGCCCGGACUUUUAGAAUGAAAAAACAACUAUAAAGUCGUGUCUUUUCUGCGUUAUUUUUUUAUGUUUACACUAACGUGGAUAGAUUAGACCAGAGCUAAAUACUUCACACCCAACUUUCUACGAGGCUAUUUUUGCAGAGAUCAAUAUCCAUAAGGGGGAAAAAUGUCAUAGUUGGCACUUUUUAUCGACAGCCCGAUGAAAAUGUAAAUGUAGUUUUGGAUUCAUUGCGAAAAUUAUUGUCCACUACUACUAGAGAGAAUAAGAUCUGUUAUGUCAUAGGCGAUUUUAAUUUAGAUCCUUUACGGCAUGAGCAACAUGCCAUCACAAGAGAAUUCGUCGAGCUUAUGUUUUCUCACCUACUUUACCCCUUGAUCAUAAAGCCCUCCCGUGUAAUAUCUAACACCACCUCUCUUACUGAUAAUAUUUUCACUAACAACGUUACUUGUCUAUCUGUCAAUGGACUGAUUGUAAAUGAUUUAUCUGACCACUUGCCGAUUUUUUCAAUUAACCGUGGAAACUUUGAUUACGACACUUCCACUAAAAGAGAAAGCAUUGUUGUCCGUGAUUUCAAAGAUGACCAUGUAAGUUUUUCAAAAAUUUGUGUGAAAACAGAAAGGGUUGAGAUAGGUCGGAAAUUUGCGGGGUCUAUAAUGUCACCACCUUUAUCUACAGGUGUUGCUUUGGAAAUCUUGAGAACGUCAGGGACAAUACCUUGCUAUUGAAUGGUUAGAUAAAUCAGUUAUAUAGAUCGUUUUCAGUCACGUGGUAAGCAGCUUUGCAAAUUGCCUGGAAUAAAAGAGAGUUUUAACAUGUGAAAAAAGUUCUAACCCACAGCAUUUGUUUUGUACACAAACAUGGCCGCAUUGUUUUGCACGGAAAUAUGGCCGCCGUGACGUCAUGUGAAAACGAUCUAUUGCUUGAUAUAUGUAAUCACAUGCUAGUUUAACACAUUUUAUAGGGACUCCUAUGGUUGACUUUUGAUUUUUCAAUCUUUUUAUUAGAUUAUGCACUUCAUGGACAUGAAUAGAUCUAGUCAUGAAACUAUUUGGAAAUGAACUUUUAAUAUACUUCAUUGGAUUUGGAUUGUCAUGUUUGGGCAACUGAUCAGAAAGAUUAGGGCCAACAACAUUGAUUAAAUAAGUAUUAAACUGAUCCCAUAUAUUUGAUUCAUCAGUGUAGCAUUUAUUGUUAAAUAAAUGUUUAUUUAUUCUGGGGUUGGUUUUUUUCUUCAUAUUUAUAAUCAAACCUAUCAAUUUCCAAGAAAUUUUAAUGUUGUCUUUAUUUAUAUAAAACUGAGUUGAUAGGUAUUUUUUCUUGUAUAGUUCUUUGAUCUUGUUAAGUUUAUUGUUAUGAUAUUUAACGUCUGAUUUUUUUUUAUUCCGUACGGAGGAAAUGCGUCGUAAGUAGUUUUUUUUAUAGAGGUAAGUAUGCCGUUGGGUAUCCAAGGCUUUUUUAGCUGUCUUGUUUUUAGAACUGGAAACUUUUCGAAUUGGGGCAUGUUUAUCGGUUAUAUCUUGUAAUACUUGGAUUAUAUUGUUACAACUGAUGUUACCAUCCUUAGUGUUAACAAGACUACAGAAGUCAAUCUGGGCCAAGUCUGCUUCAAAAAGGUCUCUGUCAAAAUGUGAAUAGUCCCUGUAAUAACUUGCCUGAGCAUAAGCUGGAAGUUGGGUUGAAAUGGUUCAAAAUCUUGGUAAAUGAUCCGAAAUAUCGGCUAAACAAAUACCAGAUUUGAUCACCUUUUGGGGGAAGUUUAUGUAACUGCGAUCAAUGAGGGCUGCGCUGUAGUCUGUAAUUCUAUUAGCCUUAGUGAUAAUUGGCAAGUACCCAAGAUCUAAAAGCAUGUGAAGAAAUUCAGAAGUUUGUUCAUCAUUGUUGUAGUUGAAAAAGUUGAUAUUUAUAUCACCUAUAAUGUAAAUCUCGUAGCCUUUAAUGUUUAGAUAUUCUAGUUUCUGUCUUAAUACUUCGUGAAACUUUUCCCGGUCAUUAGAAGAGUGCCUGUAAACACAUCCAAUAAAGACGUUUUUAAACUUCGCUCUAUGUAGUUCUAUUAAACAAGUUUCAAGGACCUCUAAUAUUACAUCUAAGUCUGACCUUCUAGUAAAUUAUAAUUUAUCUUCUACGUACAACCCAGCUCCUCCAGUUUUGUUUUUGAAACCUUGUUUACAAAAUUAUAUCCUUGUAUGGAUAUAUUGUAGGGAUUGUUUUCGACUAAUUUGGCUUCAGUGACUGCUAUAAUACUAGGCAAUUCCUUUACCGUUAGUAAUAGAUCAUUAAGAAGAGUUAAAUUUUAGGCAAGCUACGAAUAUUACAGUGAAAUAUUGAGAAACCUUUUGACGAAGCUUUCUGAAAAGAAACACCAGUUUGCUUUGUAUUAUUAAACCUAGGUUCAAUUGUACUCAAAUUCAAAUAAUCUGCUUUGUCAGGACUUUCAAUAACACUAUUAAAUAGAUCUCUCUAAUCGGUUAAUGAUCUAUAAUGCUAAUGAUAAUGGAUUUGUAUUGCGCUAAAACUAUAGAAGAACAUUCAAAAGCGCUUUACAUUAAGUUAAAAUUAAUGAAUAAAUAAUAAAUAAAAAUUUAAAAAUCCCUGCAAGCUAUAAUAAUAACAAUAAUAUGUUAUGCUAUGGUAAAAUCUAAAAAAAAAUGAAAUUCGAAAAUUCCAAACUAAAUUAAAAUUAAACAUUAGAACUAUUCCAACAAAUUAAAAGCUUUGUUAGAAAGAAAUGUUUUAAUUUGCUUUUUAAAAAUGGCGAGGCUACUACUUGUUCUUAUAGUUAAUGGCAGCGAGUUCCAUAAAACUGGUGCAGCAUGAGCAAAGGCCCGAUCCCCAAGUGUAGAGCAGUUGACUUUAGGAACGAACAGAAGAGAUUGUGCAGACGAACAAAGAGCAUAAUUAGCAGCUGGUUUCAGGGAUAAAAGAUCUUUAAUGUAAGAUGGACUUUGGUUGUGUAGUGACUUGUAAACAAAAAGGAGCAAUUUGAACUGAACUCUAAACGUUACUGGAAGCCUAUGAAAGUCGAUAAGAGCGGGUGUGAUAUAAUCAAAUUUCGCAAUCUGAAAAGUCACUCUAGCAGCAGCAUUCUGAACUUUCUGUAAACGAUCAAGUUGAUAUUUAGGUAGACCAAAUAGAAGUGCGUUACAUUAAUCAAGGUGCUAAGAUACAAAGGCAUGGAUCAAUGUCUUUGUGGAUUGCACGGUAAGGAACUUUCUGAUCUGUCUUAUGUUGAAUGGUCCGCGAAAAGCCUUGCUAAAAAUCCUGCCUAUGUGAACAUUCAUUCACAUAUGAGCACCGAACCAGGACCCAAGGUUCUGGACGCUUUAUAAAGGUUUAAUGACGGUGUCGUCAAUGAUAAUAGAUUCAACAGACGUCUUUUCAAGUUGUUGACGGGUGCCAAUAAUUAGAAAGUCAGUUUUCGCGUAAUUGAUCAUUAAACGAUUUCCAAUAAACCAAGAGCGAACAUCAGCGAUGCACUUUUCAAUCACAGAGACAGCGUUAAUUGCCGAAUGGAUAGAACAAGGUCGGAAGGAGAGGUAAAUCUGGGUGUCAUCAGCAUAACCAUGGACGGAAGGGAGGAGCUGAGAAAUAAUGUUAAAGAGGUGGGACACGUAUAGAGCAAAUAAAAUAGGCCCCAUACAACUGCCCUGGGGAACUCCACAGUUCAGAUUGAAGUCGUCAGAAGUCUUAUCACCGACAAGUAUACGUUGUUUGCGACCAGACAGAAAUGAGUCGAACCAAUUUAAAGCAGUUCCGACGACUCCAAAAUCCUGUUGCAAAAUAUUCAGAAUGGAAUGCUCAAUGGUAUCAAAAGCAGCACUAAGGUCUAAAAGUACGAGAAGUGUCACUUCCUUAUUAUCCAUACUCAUUAAGAUGUCGUUUUGAACCUUUAAUAGAGCAGUCUCUGUCGAGUGAUACUUACGGAAGCCGGACUGGAAUUUAGGAAGAGGGGCAUUUUUCUCACAGUGGACGAGAAGUUGUUGAAGUUGUUGAAGUGCAGCCUUUUCCACUACCUUGGAAAUGAAUGGAAGAUUCUAGUAGAAUAAUGAACCCGUGAGCCUGUAACUUUCAUGAAUUCUCUGCCUGAUAAGCCAUUAAAUGGACUCUUAUUUAGAUAAUUUAUUAUUUAUGGUAAAAGAAGUUUUAGUUGCAUAUUUUAAACAUCCAAUCUAAAAAAGAAGAGAAGAGCGCUUAAAGGUCCCUUUUAUAUGGAGAAAGCUCGUCCCAGGUAGAAGGGUCGCUCACCAAUCUGAGCUACCCCGAGUAAGCCAACUUUUCAUAAAUUUCCUUUCAAAAUGUGGCAAACCGUUUACAUAAGAAAAUGGUAGGGUCCCCUAUUCCUAACCGGGCUAAACUUACUCCAUUUCAACACGGCGGCUCAUCCCGCAGCCGGGUCAACUCGGUCAACGUAAGAAAAUUAGAGCAUUCGCAAGCGCUGCUGGCUCUGAGAAAGGGAUCAACUUCUUCUCAUUCAAACGCUCUCUAAAUUGAGAGGGUGACUCUCUUUCCCGAGACAACUUUUCUUCCAAUAAACGGGCCUUAUUUUGUCUAAAAUUGCGUGUUUGCCAUCAUGGUUUUUCUUUAAAUUUAAUAGUUCUCGCAUAAAUUCACUUAUCCUUCUUAUUUAGCGUAAUGACGUACCAAAGAGGUGAUAAUAAUAAUAAUAAUAAUAAUAAGAAGAAGAAGAAGAAGAAGAAGGAGAAGAAGAAGAAGAAGAAGAAGAAGAAGAAGAAAAAGAAAGUUCUUUUUACAGAUGGCUUAUGUCACAUAAAGUGGUUUUCAAUAAGGCACUGCAUAAAAACUAAAAAACUACAGUACUAAAAAUAACAAAAUAUUGAAAUAGAUGAACUAAAACAUGUCACACUUAGCGAACUUAUUAAGAUUUAAUAUGUUUAAGUAAUGAAAUUUUAAAAGCAUUAUAAAGUAGACAUCUCAUGUCUUCUGGAAGGGAAUUCCAGUCUGUCAAUGCACUAUUAAAGGAUCUGAGUAGACCCCAGUUCGUGUUUGAUCUAAUAGAUCUAAUAGUUUCCUUGGAGCGGGUGUUAUGGCUAUGAUAGUUUGAGCCCCUAGUAAUCAUACUGUUUCUUUCACUGUCAUUAAUAAAAUUAUGCAUAAAAAGACACCGUUGCAUUAAUCUUCUGGUUGAUAGAUUCAUCUAGUUCAGGUCUAGAAGUGCUUGAGUUGAAGUAGAAUGCGUCGCUCGAUCCAGAACUAACUUGGCUGCUUUAUUCUGAAGAACUUGGAUAGAAUCCAUUAAAACUUUGUUAUUUUUGUCACCCCAUACGAUACUUGCAUAUUAAAGAAUAGGAAUGACCAUUGUUGACGCAUAGAUCCUUCUUGCAUUAUCUGGGAGAAGAUGCUUGAUUAGUUUUAAGACACCUAGUCUCUUUGCUAUUUUACUUUGUAGUUGUUCAAUGUGGUCAUGCCAAGUAAGAUGCUGGUUUAUGAUCACUCCAAGAUACUUGAAUUUGGUAACGUUCUCCAAUUGAUCACUGUUGGCUACAAGAGCUAUGUCAUUAAAUUGACUUAGUUUGUUACGUCCUCCAAUGACCAUAAACUUCGAUUUAGUAACGUUUAGUGUCAGCUUAUUGUCAUGCAACCAAGAUGUAAUAGCUGCCAAGUCUGCAUUAAGCUUCGAUUGCAAAUUGGUUGGCGAGUUCUCAUGACAAUAAAAUGCCAUGUCAUUAGCAAACAUCGUCAUCUUUGAGUGCUGCAGUUCAGAUUGAAUACCAUUAAUAUACACCAAGAAUAACAAUGGUCCCAAAAUGCCCUCCUGUGGUACUCCCAAGGCGAUUUUUGCUGGGGGAGACAAUGCAUUAACACAUAUCGUUUGUUGAAAUCGACCAGAGAGAUAUGAGCGGAACCAUUCCAAGGUCUUCCCUGCUACUCCUGGUGACUUGAGUUUGCUGAUGAGGAGCAGAUGAUCAACAGUGUCAAACGCCUUGCGAAGGUCCAGGAACGCUGUUCUCGUCACGCAUCCUUUGUCCAUACUUUCUAGGUCUUGAUCUGUAAAGGAGAUUAAGGCAGUGGAAGUUGAACGCUUUAGUCGGAAGCCAAACUGUGAUUGUGAUAAUAAUCUGUUAUCUUCCAAAAGGGAACUUAACUGAAUAUGUGCUGAUCUCUCUAUGAUCUUGCUUAUAGUUGGUAAGAUUGAUAUCGAUUGAUAUCGGUCGAUAAUUAUCCUUUAUGAGGGCCCCACUGAAAACCGCCUUGGCGAGUUAGGCUCCCUCUAUAAAUAUUAUUAUUAUUAUUAUUAUUAUUAUUAUUAUUAUUAUUAUUAUUAUUAUUAUUAUUAUUAUUACUAUUAUUAAUGACUUACCUCCAUCUUUAAAUAAUGCAGUGACUUUUGUACACUUCCAGACCACUGGAAAUGUAUGGAUAUGAUAUAUGGAGAAACGCCAAGCGGCAGGUGAAAUAACCUCCACUUUUUGAACAGCACUCCUUACGGGAGACACAUGGCGUUAAUCAUGGCGGCCUGAUAGGUCUUUAAUAGUUCCGCCAUUACUGGCAAAAGAUUUUUGCCUAUGUAGACAUCAGCACUUAUGUUUUGCUCUUGAUGUCUACAUAUUAAAUUGUAACAAUACAAAACUAGUAUCUAACUCGGGAACCUAACGGUUUAGUUAGAUGCUAGGCAUUUUCUUACCUGAAACGUAUUUUUAGUUUUACUAAUAUGAUAUUGCUUCUUCGCAUGUAACUGACCGUUAGACUAAAAAUACCUUACGUAGCUAUAUUUAUUCUAAAGGGAAAUGUAAAUAAAGUUUGUUAUUGUUUGAGAAAGAAAUAACAACUUGUUUGGUCUGUCAGAGGAUUCAUGCUGAAGGAAAGACACUUUUGAUUUUGCCAAACGUGAACAGUUUCAUUUUAGUACUGAUAUAUAAGUUUUGCCGUUAGUUUUGUCAGGAAUUAUAUGUUGAAGAUGACAUUGCAAUUGUGAGACGUGCCGGUAGAAAGAAAGGUUUUCGGAAUAUAGUCAAAUCUAGGGAUAAAUUUGUCGUUUAAUUACAAAAAUUAACUGAAGGCACUCUUACUGCUACUAAUUUCCCCCAAAAAAAAAUUUAGGAAAGGUUACAGAAGACACACUCAUCAGUGCUAUUUUAUUUUCAACUAGAAUAGUUUUGUAUCCGGAUGGACCCAAGUUUAGGCCCCGUUUAUGUGGACUAAAGCUGUCCCGUGUAGAAGGGUCAUCCGCCUAUCCCAGCUACCCUAGGCGAGCCAACGUUUUGUACAUUUUCCUGGAAAACGUGACGAAUCGUUUAUAUAAGAAACAACAAGUUGGCGUGGCUAUAAGCUAUUUGUGAUGGUAGGGUCACCAGAUUCAGGUUCAGGUUCAUUUAUUUCACACUAUUUACAGAGGAUAACAUAGAAAGAACAUAUAGUUACAAUAGAUGAUAACAAAAUAAAAUGAUGUGUGUAGUGGUCAAAGUAGCGAAAGCCUUCUAGUUGACAACACCUACUUUAAUUAAAACGAAGAAAUGACACUAAGCUUUACAUAUAGUAGAGAAUGUUUGUAGAGCCUAGGACUAAUGUACAGGACAAAAUUACAUGUAUAUAAAGGUACGUUAUAGAUAUACUGAACCAAAAGAGAAAUCACGACAAAACAAACUAGCAAAAAAAGAAAGAAAAGAAAACAACAAUAACAUCACAGCAGCGACAGCAGCGACAGCAAAGACAAAAUUAAUAAAAGCAGACAAUUAACAAUUAUUGGACGAUGUUGAGCAAAAUAUCUUGAUUUGUCUUUGGCUCUGCGGGACACUGACAAAUCACGAUAUUUUGCGAUAACCGAGUUCAAUAAUUGUUUUAUUAUUCGAUCACCGAGUUUGUUUUUUUAAUGAAUAUCCUUGGGAAGCGAAGCGAUCUGCCAUUUUCACGCAAGAGCGAUCGCAAGAAGGAGAAAAGCACGGUUUCCUUUACGCAUGAGCAGAAUAUUAUUUGCAGCCAAACACUGUUGGACGGCAUUGAGCAUGAGCAGACCAUUAUUUGUAGUUAGUUAUUUGCCGGUCACGUGGUGGGCUCUCGGCCAAUGAAAAGAAAGAAAAAUGUGCUUCGUGUGAAUAUAAUAAUUAUUUUUAACACUGUUGUUAACAUUAGAAAGUUAGUUAUACAUUUGAUUAUUAAACAGGACCAAUGUUAUUUGAUUGGCAAGAGAUCAAGUGGGCUUUAUAAAGUUUCUUAAUCUUGUUAAACUUUUUGGCUUGUCAGUGACAAGGGGACAGUUUCGCCAGUUUCCCACAUGACAUAAGCAGAGUACUUGAAAUUAAAUUUACCUAUGUUAGUUAUAACUUUUGGUCGGUAGAAAUUAAACUUAGCGGAAUUUCUGGUGUUAUAAGAGUGGACAGUUGGUUGUAGGUGUUAAGAAGUUAUGUAAGACUGCUGGAACAGUUGAUUGAUUACUGUAUAAUUUAAAUGCCAAUUUCAAGGAUUUGGUAGUAUGGGAGAGAGGGCUCUUGUUUGUUUGCAAAAGAAAAGAUACGCGAAUACAUUUAUUUUGCUUAGUACGAAUCUUAUUUAAAUUAGUCUGAUAAGUGUUGCCUCAACACAUUGCUCCGAAAUUAAGAUAGGGGUUAAUAAGUGCAUAAUAAAGUUGCCUUAUCAUCUUUAAAUUCAGGUAAUUCCGUAGUCGGUAGAGGAUCCCAAGGUUUUUAGUCAGUUUGCCUUGUACUUGUGCUAUCUGAGUUUUCCAGUUUAAAUGCUCAUCUAAAUAAAUGCCUAAAGUUUUUAGCCUCCCACGCAGACGUUCUUAGGAGUUCGUCACGCGUUCCUGCCCCACGAACGUCUCCUGAACUGAAAGACAAAUUCCUUUCCCAUUGUUCGCAAAUAUCAGCCGGAGAUCACACGCAGAUUAUCGGAGAUCCAAUCUGCGCUGUUGAAGUUCAAGUGUUGACAAGCCAAACACAUACGUGCAAGCUCGGUAGAGUGUGAUACGUGACCUAAGAUUUUUGUUCCAGACGAGAAUCUAGGAGAUAAGCGAUGGGUUGUUGUAUAUCUGUAAAGGCUGGAUUAGAUGUCGUUUGCUAAUAAAGUUGUUCUUUGGGUGAUGGAAUGGCGGGGUUACCUUGUAAGACUGAACAAACGGCAGAAUUUUUUUUCACACGUUAUUGUUUUGUAGUAACGCCGACUUUCGUUCAGCAAAUUUAACCUCUGAGGUAAUUUUUUUCAAUGAGAUUGUGGGGAUAGCCACUAGUAAGAACGCUUGUGAGUUAACUGAGUAGUUUUUUCUAAAACUGUAAGGUCUUCACCUUUCAUGACACCUUUCUGAUCUUUUCUGGAGCUAUACAGUCAAGCGCGAAAUUUCUCAGGGUCCAAAGAGCACUUCCCAGAUCUGAAAGUCUGCUGUGAUUGGUCUACGUUUUUUUCCGCUCAAGUCAGCAGACGUUCGUGGGGCAGGAACGCGUGACGAAGCCCUUAGAACGUCUGCGUGGGAGGUUAGGCCUACUGGGGAAACCUUCGACAACGCCCGAUUCAGACUUUGCGUCAGUUCUCACCUCUACUGAUUGUUCGAAUUCAGAGGUUGGGCUUCCAAUAGAAAAUUCCGUCGGUGAAUUCUCCAUGGUACCAAACAUUGGAGUGCUCUCAGUAAUAUGACUGAUGGUUGGUAAUCACGAUUUUGACUUGCAAUUUUAUUUCGACUCCACAAGGUUUAGAUAUUGCAAAGGAUACGCUAAUCACUUUCUGUUUCACGCGUGUAUCUUGUGAUAUUCAAAUGCGUCAGCUCAUAAAUGAUAUCAAAUGCUCAAGUGCAUUAGCUGACUGUGUACCUUUAAGCCGUAAUGCACGCAAAGUAACAGUGAUUAAUAUCAGGAUAUUACUUAAAGCCACUUCCUACUUUUCAACGGCACACAACGAGAAUAUAGUUCAAAACCACAUGAACAUAGUUUUGUUAAACGUAUUUUAGUAUUUAAACGGUAGAUAUAGGCAUAUUUUUAUCCCCUAAAAAUUUUUCAUCUGUUCGGAUUUCCUAGCUGAAAGUCUAGUGAUCCGAAAAUUAUAGGGAUCAAAACUUACCUUUUCGAAAAUUUCAGCCAAAAAAAAGGCUCCCGAAAAUUCUAGGUGACCUUUUUAGGGUAAAAAUCCGUUAAAAAUGGGCAAUUAUACCAUUUUUUAGAUGUUCGAAAAUCCUAGGAGAGGCAGGCAAGCAAGAAACUUUACGACAUAUGUUCCGAAAAUUCUAGAUCUCAAAUCGUCCUCCGAACAGAUAUUUUCCGAAAAUUAACGUUGUGUGCCCCUAACUUUUCUCCAUCACUUCGUUAUGUUUGGAUUUUCACUUUUCAGUAGUGGACUACUGAGUUUAUCAUUGUCUGACUGACGAUUACGACAAUACCCCACGAUCCUUUGUCGUUAUCUUAUCACAAAUAUUUUAGGGCUGUCAUUAAGAGGCGGGGGUUGGGGAUUUCCCUCGGCUACUAUGAACAUGGGCCCCCGCUACUUUUAAAGGAAAAUAGAAGUAAAAUAGAACCGAAAGAAACCUCUAGCUGUUUGACAACCCUGAAUAAAGGAACUAGUGAUAAAGAUAUUAGAAAUGAUUUUACGAUUUUAUACGUAGGUGAUCCCUUUCUUGGUCCUCUACGCGAAGAACGAGGUGGCUGCCAAAAUCGUCCUAGUUUAUAUGCAGAUGUUGUGGGUAAUCACCGGGACGACUCCCAUAUAAAAGUGAAGGGGAUGCUCGUCGGAAAAUUAAACCCCUGAGGGAGGCCAAUGUGGGUGUGGAGAAUUCUGUGAGGUCAGCGUCACGGCCUUUUUUUUUGCAGAUUUCUCUAUGUACAGCCCUAAGCGAUACCUGAAUGAGCAUAUUUAGUCACUUUUCGUCUCAAACAACCUAAGUGAGACCAAAAUCUGGAAACGACGAGCACACUCGUCACUUUUGUAUGGGUGUCCUCCUGCGGAAGCAAAUCACCAUCUGUUCCACUUAAUUUUUGGUAAGGUCAAUGAUUACCGUCUGUUGAGAGUAUUGGCUCUGUUUCACUCAUUUCAGACUUCGAUGGAUGACAGGUUUCAUUGUGAGAAGUAAUGGUGUCCUGACUUUCGUGUACUUUUUAUCAGUUGGGAGAAACCGCCUGAACUUCCACACUUCAUUUUCUUACUUUCACUGAAGUUGCACGAUUCGAAAUUAAUGUUGAAAUUUUAUUAUUUGAGUGUGCCAACUUCUUUAUCAAGCGGCUGUGAUACAAAUGUAGCGUUGGACUCCGGACUUUCCCUAGGAGCAUGAAACCUAAAGCUGACGUCUCCCGAUUGGAAGAAACAGUCAGCAAAAGUAAGAAACCUUCUAACUGAAAAUUCUUUAAUAAAGGUCUUCAAAUUUUUUCGAAAAUGUGGGCUCCUGAUCAGAGGAAGGUAAAUAAAGGAAAAUAGCAACUUGUCGUUCGCAGUCCAGUAAUACCGCCCCAUGUUAAGGAAAACAAGACAGUCUUGGAUUCUGAAUCCCAUUCGGUGGAUUGUGGAUUCCUGGUGCAUUCCAGUCUUUUUCACUGGAACUUGGAUUCUGGAUUCCAUUCCUUAGUGGGAUUUCGGAGUACUUAAGCUCUGUUCUGGAUUCCAAAGCCCUGGAUUCCGGAUUCUACGAGCAAAAUGUUCUGGGAUUUUGGAUUAUACAAGCAAGAAUUUCCCAUAGAAUCCGGAUACCCACCCUUACAUGGUGUGAAGUACUUGUCAAACAUUUUCGGACCUGUUCACGCAUAUUUAAUCAAGCAGUGGGAAAAUUACUUUUCCUCUAACGUUCGAUUUUAAAAUAAUAAUAAUAACAAUAAUAAUAUCGAUUCUUAUUAAGCGCAUUUCUAUCCUCAAUGCGCUUUACAUUAUGAAAGCCGAUUGAAGAUCAUUACAUUUCUAGCCUAUUGUGACAGUAUACAUCAAGUAUUGUAAAACUUUAAAAAUCCUAAUUGUAAAACUUUAAAACUCCUAAGACGUUAAGCAUGAAAAUCAAUUGUAACAUUAUACAUCAAGUAUUGUAAAACUUAAAAAAAAAAUCCUAAAAUGUUAUCAUGUUUGUGAAAACUUAAAACCAACUUGUAAAACUUAAAAUCCUAAAAUGUAAGGCAUGAAAAUCAAUAAUCAAGUAUUGUAGAACUUUUUAAAAAAAACCUAAAAUGCUAAGCUUGAGAAUCAAUUGAAACAUUUCCUGAAUAGAAAUGUUUAAAGUUUUGUUUUAAAUGUUUUGACACUGUCCGCCUUUUUGAUAUAUUCUUGGGUAGUGUUCCAUAACUGAGGUGCUGCAGUGGAAAACGCGCGUCCUCCAUAUGUUUUGGAUUUUAUGUCUGGGGUGCAUAAUAGCGAACAGGAUGACGAUCGUAGAGCUCUUGAUGGAUGAUAAUCCUUAAUCAGAGGUUCCAGAUAUCCAGCAGAUUGUCCAUUUAAGAUCUUAUAUGUGAUAAGAAGAAUCUUAAAAUGAAUCCUUGCUUCCACAGGCAGCCAGUGCAGGCUCUUUAAUAUAGGUGUUAUGUGGUCAGAACUGCGGGCUCCUGUUAUCAUUCGAGCUGCGGUAUUCUGAAUUCUUUGUAACUUAUCUCUCUGGUAUUUUGGGAUGUCAUAUAAGAGACUAUUGCAAUAGUCGAGUCUGGAAAUCACAAGGGAAUUCACCAACAUUUUCAAUCCAUCAGAAGGAAGGUACUUUCGAAUACGACCAAUUGAUCUUAUGGCAUAACUGGCUUUCUUGCACAUUUCGUUGAUAUGUUCUGUGAAAGACAAGGUUUUAUCCAUGAUGACACCCAAAUUCUUGGCUUUUGUUUUCACUUCUACUGAGGUGUUAGCUAAUGAUAAUGUUUCGUAAACUGUAGGUUGCUUGCUGAAACGCGACGUGAAAUGUAAUAUUUCAGUUUUUCCAGGGUUGCACUUUAACAUAUUCUUAAAAUGUGAUGGAUCGGAGUAACUCCUGGUCAAUGCAGCUUUUUCAUACUGGACCACAUUUGAAACUAGAAGAGGUUUGGUUCUGAAACGAUAUUUUCCGUCUUCACAUAACAGACUUUAAAAGGAUGUUCGGGGCAGUGGGAAAUUAAAUGAAGCUUGGAAGGUAUCUUUUACUUGCUGAAUUAAUUUUUGAACAAUAUAUAUCAUUGGCAAAGGGGAAAAGGGGAAUUUUAAUAUAGUUUUGGUGGGAAAUAUAGCAUAUCUUACUUAAAACUGGAAAGUAUUUGAAUAACUGAGGACUUCGCUGUGACAGCAGCCGAUACUGUCGCCCAACGCAAAUUGAACAUUUGACUAAAUUUGAGUUGAAACAUUCAAUUCUGAAUCGCGAUGUGCCGCAAGCUUUAUUGCAUAACUUGACAAAAUAGCUAUUAAUAUUUAACUAAAACGUGUUUUUAGGUCUGACUUAGGUGCCACAUUGGAGAAUUUUCCGAUGAUUUGAGUCAUUUAUUCGUGCAUUUUGCUUUCUUAAUUGAAUUAGUGAAAUGAAGACGACCAGUUUGUGCUGAUUACAGAGAGGUAGUAGUAUUUAUGGCAAAAAUAUAAGGCAAAAGUUUCGUCGAGUCCGAAAUCGAGUGGAACGCUUUUAGGGAGACUGCCUCUUAAAACGUUCUGUCAUUCAUACAUGUGGUACCGACAAAAGCAAAGGGUUAGGGUUACCGUACCAUAACAGUACCAUAACAGUGCCGAGAACACCUUCCAGCUGAAAUCUGAUUGGAUAAAAUGGCGAAAGGUAUGUGGUUCGAUUCUCAGCUGUCGUUUGUGGGCAGGAGUGUUACGUGACGACACAAAGAACAAGGGCUUUACGGCUGUGAAGCAGACGAAGGGCGUGCUCGAGUGCUAUUGGCUUGGGUAAGGGGGACCACUUUUUUUUCAGUCAGCUGAUGCACAUGCGCAUUAGAUACCAUUUCUUAGCUGAUUUGCAUAUCACAAGACACGCGCGUGAAACAGAAAGUGAGGAGCGCAUCCAGAAUAAUCGAAACAAACCUUUUAGAGUUGAACUUGUUACAAGCCGAAAUCGUGAUUAUAGACCCUAUGCCAUGUCAGAGAGACUGGGCCGAGCGACGAGUGAGGUCGGUCAUGUCAGAGUGAGCUCCGUGGAGCGAGACGCUUCUUUUUUUCUUUAAAGUACCAUUUGAAAAGAAACUUAGCAGCAAUGGGAAGAACUAGAUGAAGAAAUGGGCUAAGCAGUUCUUCAAGUAGCGAGAAUUCACCGAGGCAUGAAGCAAAACAGAAUCCUGCAGAUGCUGACGUGGCUGCAAUGGGGUGCUCUGCGGACAAGCAAGACGACACUAAUCCUUCCCUUCUUGGCGUGUGGAACGCGUAAGGACAUAAAAGAUCUUCAAAAUAAUUAUAAUGAACUGAAAAAAUCACUCGAAUUUUCUCAGGCCAAGAUAGACGAACUAACAAAGAGCAAUUCCGACCUGCAAGCGAAGGUUAAAGGCUUGGAGAAGAAGAACACGGACAUGAAAAAAGAAUUAGGAAGUAAUGCCGUCAAAGCUUCAAAGCAAACGGAAACCUCAUGCUCAAAACUAAUAGAAGAAAUGGCUUCCAAUCUGCAAAAAGAAGAUGAGCAAAUUAUGCUUCUCGAAACAAAACUUAAUGAUCUUGAGCAGUACACCAGAAAAUUUAAUCAUGAAAUUUGUGGAAUCCCUGAGGACGACUAGACUAGGACUUGGAGGAUACCAUCAUUAAACUAUAGGAACGCCUAAAUGUAGACUUGAGAGUCAAAGACAUCGACAUUGUACACCGAUUCAAAAAAGGUAAUAUGGCGCCAAAACCCAAAAUUGUCCGUUUUUCUAAUUAUUUUAGUAAAGACGAAAUGUACCGAAGCAGAUGAAAACUACGCAAUGCAAAUGUAAGCUCCGUAUUUUGCACUGAAAAAAUUUAUAUCAAUGAGAAUUUAACCGCUCGCAUGGCUGGUUGAUUUUAAAAGGUCCGCGACCAAAAGCGCUUCCAUCAGGAACGGAAAAUAUGGACAGUCGAUGGUAACAUUUUCAUCAAACCUAGCCCCUCAUCUAGAACCUCCAAAAUAAACUCAUUAGAAGAUCUCAAUUCGUUAUACUGAUUAAAGUUCAUUUCUAUUUCUUUAUAGCCUUUUCAUAAUUUCAUACAAAGUCAUAAUAUUGUCAUUCCAUAUACUGCAGUUCAGCAAUUUUUUCUUUAUAGACCUUUAAACCUCUCGCAAAUUAGUUUGAAUGGUUGAUCCCAGAAGAAGUAAGUUUUUAGUCGUAUUUUGUUUUUUGUUGCAUGAGUGCGUUUUGUUGCUUUUUUUUCUGUCUCAAAGUCUCUUUAGUUGUGUUUCUUUUCUCUCGUUCACUUUAUCUUCGAAUGUAUUUAACGCGGUUAAUUUAAGUUCAUUAUCUUUGCCUGUUUAUAACCACCAAAGCCACAGCAUAUUUAUGAAUUUCUUGUCACCUCCGUGGAAUAAUAUGUCGCAUAAAUUAAAAAUCCUUUCUUUGGACGUUAGGGGAUUACGCAAUACACACAAAAGAGGAGCGAUUUUUUCCCACUUAAAAAAACAAAAAGCCACAAUUUUAAAAUUUGCAGCAAUGUUUUUCAAAGCCUGAAGGCGAAAAGAUUUGGACAGCAGAAUGGGGAGGAAAAGUUUUUUCUCCCAUGGCACGGAUCAUUCGAAGGGAGUCACAAUGCUGAUCAAUCCAGUAUCGAAGUUUCAAGUAUCCAGUGUAAAUAGAUCCCUACGGGAGGUACUUAGUCACUAAACUCCAAGUAGAGCAUACAAUCUUUUAUGUGAUUAAUGUAUAUGCACCAAAUGAUUACCGCGAAGAGGAACGAUUUAUCAGAAUCUUAGGUGAAAAACUUGUCUCCGAAACUGACACCACAAAAUUAAUCAUUUCAGGUGACUAACGCCACCCUAAACAAAAUUGAUAAAUGGGGAGGAUUGCCGUCGAAAGAAACCACAUAUAGAAACUCCAUUAUUGACCUGAUGGAAGAACUGGAUUUACUGGAUAGUUAUAGGCAAUUCCAUGUAGACACCAAAUCAUUUACGUACGAAACUAAAAAUUCAAAGUUGAAUUUGACUUUUUCCUCAUAUCUUGCCCUAUCUCAUAUAAUGUUAAAAGAACCGAGGUGCAGUCUUCCAUAGCACCAGACCACAAAGCAAUUCUUUUAGGUAUGGAGUUACAAAGUGAGCUUAAAAGAGGGCCUAGGACCUGGAAAUUCAAUAAUACUUUAUUGGAAGAUGAAGACUAUAUAGAUUUAAUAAGUCUUAUUUACCCUUGGACACUAGAAAAAUACAAAGAUGUAGAAAGCAAGAAACUUCUUUGGGAAUUGAUAAAGAUGGAACUUCGAGCCAAGACCAUGAACUAUUCUAAGAAAAUAAAAGCGGAGGUUAAAAAACGUGAGAUUGUCCUCCAACACAAUUUAGAUGAACUGGACUAUAAAAUUUGCAAUGAAACCGAUUUAAAACCUCAUAUCCUAGAUCAAUAUGAGGCAGAGAAAAACGAAUUGAAUUCUUUGUACGAAUGAAAAGGUAAAGAGACAAUUUUUAGAUCCAACGUUAAGUAGAUAGAACAAGGCGAAAAACCAGUAAAGUAUUUUUUUUAAUCUAGAAAAGAAAAACUAUGUAGCGAAAACCUUGAUUCAAAUUAAGUUAGAUAAUGGUAAAAUCACUUCGGAUAUGAAAAAGAUAAAUAAACAAAUAGAGGUGUUUUUGAGCGAAACAUACAAAUCCAAGCUUACUGAUGUCCCGCUGUCUGAACAGGAAUUAGGCCUCAAUGACUUUAUUCAAAACUUGGAAAUUCCACGUCUGUCUAACGAGGAACAAGCGACGUUUGAACAUGACUUAACUGUACAAGAAAUUAAAAAUGUGUUACAUUCUUUUGAGAAAACUAUAACUCCUGGUGAAGACGGUUUCACCAAAGAGUUCUGCGAAACUUUCUUUGACCUUUUAAAACAGAAUCUACUUGAUUGGUAUAAUGAAGCUUUUCAGAAAGGCGGUCUCUCAGUAUCCCAGAGAAGAGGAGUAAUUUCUUUAAUCCCAAAAAAUGACAGCGACCUUUCAGAGCUUACUGGAUAGCGCCCAAUAACGUUGCUUAAUGUUGAUUACAAAAUCCUGGCAAAGUGUAUUGCAAAACGUAUGGAACCUUUCCUUCCCAAACUAAUCCAUUCGGACCAAACAGGAUUUAUUGGUCAAAAUUUAAGACUUUUGAAUGAUCUUAUGGAAUACACGGAUGUGAAGAAGAUCUCAGGAAUUUUUCUUUUUAUAGACUUUGAAAAAGCAUUCGAUUCCAUAGAGUGGAACAAGAUGGUUCUCAAUUCUUUACAGUAAUUCCGAGGCAGCAGUAAUGAACGCUGGUUACAUGACAGGCUACCUCACUGUCUCAAGAGGAGUUCAUCAAGGGUACCCGCUGAUUCCAUUCCUCUUUAUAUUGUCCGCUAAGUUACUUGCAUUGAAAAUACGACAAGAGCCAAAUUGGAAAGGAAUAAGUCUUCCCAACCUUCAAGGGGCUAAAAUCUUACAAUUUGCCGAUGACACUACUCUCAUAUCUAAAGACAUCAAUUCUCUUAAACUCUCGUUACAGAUCAUCGAAGUUUAGACAGCAUAUCUGGCUUACGUCUAAAUAAGAAAAAAACCAAAGCAAUGUGGAUUGGCUCCUAAAAUGCAUAAAAAAAACAACAAAAUAUUGGAAUUUCACAGCAUAAAAGACCCCAUUAAAAUACUCGGGACGCACUUGUCGUAUAACGCAGACAAGAACAACGAUGCCAGCUUCUUCAGCAAGAUUGGUAAAAUGAAAACUAAACUGAACCUCUGGCAAACGCGUGACCUUAAGCUUUUUGGCAAAUCCGUUCUAGCCAAAACGCUUGGUGCCUCUCAGUUAAUCUACACUGCUUUACUUAUGACUGUCCCUGAUACAGUAACACGCCCGGCUAAAAGUCUCCUGUUCUCGUUUUUGUAGAAAAGUAAGAAAGAUAAAAUUAAACGAAAUGUUGCAUGCCAGCCACUUGACAAUGGUGGCCUUAAUUUUAUAAAUUUUGAAUUUAUGGUAAAAUCUUUGCGACUAGCCUGGAUAGCUAGCCUGAUUAGCAACUCUGACGAUAAUUGGAAGGCAAUACUGAAUUUCUAUUACGACGAAUAUGGAGGCCUGCCCUUUCUUCUUCAGUGUAGCUACAAUACUGCUAUUCUGGACAACAAUCUACCUUUAUUCUAUCGUGAGUUAUUACAUUAUUUCCAAGAACUAACGAAAUUCUCAGAACACGAUAAAAACAAUGACCUCGUUCUUUGGAAUGAUAGAAGAAUUACGAUAGAAAGGAAUAGUGUCUUCUGGAAACGAUGGUUAUCAGGGUGUUACUUUCUUUAGUGAUUUAAUGAAGUCAAAUGGUAAAUUUCUAACCUUCGAAGAAUUUCAAAAUAAAUUUGAUAUUAAAACUAACUAUUUGCACUAUUUUCAAUUAAUUGCUGCCAUUCCUCAGGAUUUGAAACGAAAGGCAUUUGGUUCCACGGUUCCUGAUCUGCUCUAUCUGCUCAAAGCAACUACAGAGUACUGCCAGAUGGAAGAUAGAACUAUAGUCUUAAACAAAUUCCCCUGUAAAAAUUAUUACAGUCUGUUCAUCGAGAAACUUGUUUCAGAACCCUCCGCAGUAAGGGCUGGGAAAAAAAUCUUUUCAGAACUUCCUGAUUGGGGUGAUUGUUUUGUGAAUAUAUACAAGUCCUCGAAAGAUAAUAAGCGUAGACAAUUUACUUUUAAGGUUGUGCACAGAAUAAUUACGACAAAGAAAGAACUACUGAAAUAUAAAUUACCCUGUGAUGACAAAUGUCCUUUCUGCCUUAAUAUAGUUUAAUGAGUAUCACAAAGAGAACGUACAACUUUCAAACAAGCAAAUUUUAUUUAACACGUUCGAUGACUACCUUCCAAUGCAAAUGCCAAAUUCAACUCAAAGCAAUCGUCGUCUAUUGGUUUUACUGCAAAAGAAAUACUUGUAUACUUGCAAGAACACUGUAACGAAACCUAAUUUAGAUGAAUUUUUACUUAAGCGUUUUGAACAAUAUCGCAUUGAAAAUUUGGCAAACAAUAUUAAAUAUGUGUGGCAACUGACUGGUUUUUUAUCCUUCAAUAGUUUUUAUUCUUAUUGUAAUUUGUUUUGUUACUUACUGACUUGCUUAUUUAUUUAUUCUUUUACUUUGUGCUGUGUAUUAAUGUUGUUAAUUUGUUGUCAAUAAAAAAAAAUGUAUCAGAGCACUCUUUUUUUAUAUACCAUUUAUACUGAGAAUUUACCGAUGGAUUUGUCCAGGGAAAGCCAAACAUCGACGAAUACUUCUGAAUUCGACCAUCAGCAGAGGUGAGAAAUGACACGGAGUCUGCAUGCUCAAGAAGAGGUUUUUGUUAAAGAUCGAGGAUCGAAUGAAACACUAGGCAAGAUCGAAGCGGAUUUCUAGAUGUAUCCGACGCGUACAUAUGAUUUCGGGUUGAGGUAAAGGCUUUCCAAACUGGCAAAAGUAGUGUCCAUGUCAGCGCGGUCUCAUAGCUGACUGUGUCCCUUUAAGUUGACUCGGCUGAGUGGGUGACCCUUCUACCCGGGAAAGGUUUUUUCCAUAUGAACGGGACAUCUUCCCGGCUACAUAAUCGUUGGUAGGAUUUAUUAAUUUUAAUCUGUACGUUUAAGAAUUUAUCGUCAGGCUUCUGAUCCUUGCCUAGAUCACAUAAUGACAUAAAAUCUGACAGUGUCACGUUACAAGAGAGGUUUGAACCUAUCCCUUACCUACGGAUACGAUAUAGGGUACAAAAAUACACAUUUAGCCGCCGACAUAGAAGUGUGUGCGUUACUGAAAUUCAUACUUUGCAAAAUAACUUUUCUUGUCAGUGUGCCGAGGUUUGCAUUAAAUAUGGUGCGGAUACAUGCGUUUUACAGGUAGGCUUUCUCAUUGUAUGA